AUGUCACAGUACCUCAAAACUAGCCCCACGGUUACAUGUGUUGUUAUAGUGAUGCAGUUCGUUAAACUUAACAUUUGGGAUGGAAUUGGUCAAGCCCAAAGUUAUUUUGAUACAACCAAACAGUUCAUUAAUUCCGACAUCAUCAAAUUUAAUGAGCUCAAGAAAGAAUUGAAAGCUACUAACAAUGGAGGUAUGUCUGAAAAAAGCAUAACAUCACUCCCAAGCUCGUCUUCUUCUUAUAUGGAUGAUUUUAAAGGGGAUUUCCCUUUAAAAGCAGUUUGUGAGAUCACAAAACCACUGAAGGUAAUGAGAUUUCUAUUAGUUGGUUCCAUCAUCAAUAUAAGACAAUCUUCCUUGGCUGGAGACAGUUUGGAAGUAUUUCCAAACCAAAUUAACGUCUUGAAAAACUGCAAGUUUGCUUUUCUUGUAGAUAUUACACACUACAAUGUCGACAACUAUAAUAAUAUCUACACCAUUGUCAAACUUACAAAAGAUGUGUCAAUUCUUUCCGAAUUGGAAAGAAAAAUAGAACUUAUGGCACAUGAGAGUUUUACACGCUCAACAGUUGAUAAAUCGACCGCAGCCAGUCCUAUCAAUAUAGCAAAUGAUUUGAAGCGCAACCUCUAUGAUGUUUAUGACGUUGAUUGUGGAGGUGAUUUAAGUUCGACAAAAUUUAAAAGAAAAUCAAUCGGAGAGGAAAAUCCACUUUUAGUUCCAAAAGUGGAGAAGUGA